AUGGAGGCGAGGUGGUUCGUCCGUUCGAUGCUGAAUCCCGUCAGCAGAGAGACCAGCGAGCGGCUCCAGAACCCCCUGAGAGAAUACCAUUUCAUAAUGAUCGGCUUCAUUCGUCAUCACUAUGUAAUACUGGCCGCCGUCCUGAGCCUGCUCGUGGUUUCUCUGGGGGGCGCCACUGAGCUCCAGAGACCUCUGCUGGCUGAUGCCCCCCCCACCUCACCUGAGGGGGGCGCCACUGAGAAUGGGAUUCCUCCAGAGACCCCUGAUGCCCCCCCCACCUCAAACGAGAUGGUCGUUAGAGUGGAUAUCAGUCCGGAGCAGAGGGGAGGCCAGGUAACCAGACUCACCUGCCGGGAAGCCGGGAGAACGUUCUCGCGGGUGACGUCACGAAGCCCAGCGCGCCCGUCGAGCUGUGAUUGGUCGGAAAGCUCCAGAACCAGCGAGAGGAAACGGAGGCAGAAUAAAGCCGGAACCGGUUCAGGAUCCACCGUUAGUUCUCAGACCAGAUCCGAGAAGAGACCAGAUCCGAGAGGAGACCAGAUCCAAGAGGAGUCCAGAUCCGAGAGGAGUCCAGAUCCCAGAGAAGACCAGAUCCGAGAGGAGUCCAGAUCCAAGAGGAGUCCAGGUCCCAGAGAAGACCAGAUCCGAAAGAAGACCAGAUCCCAGAGCAGACCAGAUCCCAGAGGAGUCCAGAUCCCAGAGGACCAGGCGAUGGUCUCCUGGCACUUGUCCAGCACCUUCUUCUGGUCCUCGGGGCUGAUUUUGUCCUGCAGGCUCUGGUCCUGCACGCUGCUCUUCAGGCUGAAGGCCAGGGACUCCAGGGAGUUCCUGGCGGCCAUCUUGUCCCUCUGCAGCUCGUCCUGGGCUUUGUAUCUGUCGGCGUCCUGCAGCAUCCUCUCGAUCUCCUCUUUGCUCAGCCGGCCCUUGUCGUUGGUGAUGGUGAUCUUGUUCUCUUUGCCGGUGCUCUUGUCCACCGCCGACACGUUCAGGAUGCCGUUGGCGUCGAUGUCGAAGGUGACCUGGAUCUGCGGGACGCCUCGGGGAGCCGGCGGGAUUCCGGCCAGCUCGAACUUGCCCAGCAGGUUGUUGUCCUUGGUCAUGGCCCUCUCGCCCUCGUAG